UCGUCAAGCGGUGACGUUGGGGAGGGGAUGAGGAACCAGUUGGAGGAGCAGUUGCGAUGCGGAGGUUUGAUUCCCCGCGUGAACCGUCCCGCGCGACGUGAAUGGACCGCGCGAGGGAUUGACGGCGCGUCGAAGGGUCUCGGCUGGAAAUAUGUGAUCGUCCGAGAUCUCGCUGUAGCAGCCGUCGUUACGCGAACGACCGACGUGGUUUCCAAGAAUAGAGAUACGAGACAGAGGGUGAACAAGGAGAGGGGGGGGUGAGAGAGAGGGAAAGAAAGGGAGGAAAGAGACUCCGUCCGCGGCGCAAAGCCGCUCCGGUCGCACGAGAAGACUCCCCGGACCGCCCGGACGUCGAUCGUCGCGCGUUGCCGACCUGCAGGGAGACCUGCGUGGAGUGCCGAGUGCCCCGUCGCCGACCUAGCGUCCCCGCGGAUCUCUGUGACGUCACGCGCGUCGCGAUCAGAUCAAGGCCGCGCGCGCGAGCGGUCGACCCCCCGAGCUCGGGGAAGCGAGCGUCCCGACGAUAUCGUUCACCUCGUGCUCUCCUCCCAUUUAUCAUGAGGGAGAAUUUCUGUUUCACGCAAAGAGAGAUAGAAAAGGAAACGACAUUUAGCAAUGCGUGAAAAAUACCAAUCGGCUUUUCCAAGCUUUACGUCGGGGCUGUAACUCCUUUACUUUACUCUUCGGAUCUCGUAACUUGCCAAGAAAUCUAAUAACGCCACUGAUCUGGCACUGUACGCGAGACAGCGUUACAGGACUAAUUAUGUCGUAUGACUCGAUAAUCAUGGAAUUAUUUUUAAGAAAUAUAUAAAUAACAUACGCGCACAUUGAGAGUGAAUGGAUUUUAAGAGGAUGCCGUGGAAGAUUGCGCUAGCUUGAGUCUUGCACUGCCAUAAUAAAGUUCAAAACGUUGACAACCGAUUGUCAGAAAGAUUGAUUAUGUCACGUUCUCGUAAAUAUAAUUGCAAACGAGGAAGCGCAGAGUGACAGCAGAGUGACUUAUUGUAUCUCACGAUUGAAUAAUAUUUCUUACUUAAACCACAACAAAGCAGAGUGUACAUAAGGAGGCGUGUAAAUAAUAUUUGCAAAAAUAAUAAUAAUAAAGUAAAUAGAUGUAAAAGAGGACAGUUUUAUCGAAGCGAUAUAAAUCGUUAAUCAAAGUUUUGUAUUAACAGACAUUAUCGAUAAUAGACAUGAGAAAUAAAUAUAUAGUGAAGACAGAUAUACCGCUUCGUUGUAACAAUCUCGUUUGUAAUGCAAAUGUAACGUCGGCAAAUCAAACGGUCAUCACAAUAUGACUGAAGAGACUAUUUAUAAAAUAAUUAGAAUAAGAUGUAGUAGAAUGCAUACACAAUACAUGCAUUUCAGUCAUGGUGCGAUAUCUUAUCUAUUUUAGAUGUUACGUUAAAAAAGCUAUGAAAAAGCAUGCGGACUUGACGAUCCAAGCAAACGAGCUACAAAUAAUAUUGAGUCACAAAUUAAAAUUUAAUACAGAAUUGUGGAAACAGUGCGCUAUUAUGACAUUAAGAGAAGAUUGUCUAUCUUUUUAUCGUAUACUUGUAAGCGGAAUGACGACAAAAGUAUCGAUUAAAACGUGAGAAUAUGAGAGGAAAUAUAUAUAGCGACAUUUUUUAGGGGUCAUGCCCCCUGGGGCAAGCAGUGGAACAGAGGGCUUGGGCCCGACCUGUUCUGAAAUACAUAACAAUCAAGAUCAUGCCACAGCCAAACUCACACCUCCCCCUACAUUCGUUCAACAAUGCUACAGACACCUCAAGAGUUCUGGUGUUGGCGAAGCGAGCGUCUAUCAUGCAUUGGUUGUAAUAUUUCUGGAAUUCUUCGCAUGGGGACUAUUAACCAUGCCUAUUAUUAGGGUACUGAACGAAACAUUUCCGGAUCACACGUUCCUGAUGAAUGGCUUGAUAAUAGGAAUCAAAGGAAUCUUGUCUUUUCUUUCUGCGCCACUGAUUGGUGCUCUCUCUGACGUAUGGGGUCGAAAAUUUUUUUUACUUAUCACAGUGGCCUUUACAUGCGCACCAAUUCCCCUAAUGAGCAUUAAUACAUGGUGGUUUUUUGCCAUGAUUUCUAUCAGUGGCGUAUUCGCUUGCACAUUCUCAGUGGUGUUUGCAUACGUUGCGGAUGUAACGGAAGAAAAUCAAAGAUCACUAGCAUAUGGUUUGGUAUCAGCAACUUUUGCAGCAAGUAUGGUAAUAAGUCCAGCUCUGGGUGCUUAUAUUAUGAAAACUUAUGGAGAAAAUCUUGCCGUAGCAUUAGCAACAGCUAUCGCAGUCUUGGAUGUGUUUUUCAUAUUAGUGGCUGUACCUGAAAGUUUGCCUGAAAAGACACGUCCACCAGCACCUAUAUCAUGGGAGCAAGCUGAUCCAUUUGCUGCUCUUGGAAAGGUUGGAAAAGACCAUACUAUUUUAAUGCUGUGUGUUACUGUGUUCCUGAGUUACCUCCCUGAAGCAGGACAAUAUAGUUGUAUAUUCGUUUACUUAAAAUUGGCUAUGGGUUUCUCUAAUCUCAUGGUAGCAAUAUUUAUCGCCGUGGUGGGCAUCCUGAGUGUGGGAGCGCAGAUUGUAUUAGGACCCUUAAUGAGAACACUCGGCAGCAAACAUACUAUAAUGCUCGGUCUGUUAUUUGAAAUGUUACAGCUUAUGUGGUAUGGAUUCGGCUCACAAACAUGGAUGAUGUGGGCUGCUGGAGUACUUGCUUCUGUAUCAAGCAUUACGUACCCUGCGAUUUCCGCAUUCGUAUCCAUGCAUUCUGAUGCUGAUAAACAAGGAUUAGUGCAAGGUAUGGUAACUGGGAUGCGUGGUCUCUGCAAUGGACUUGGACCUGCUAUGUUCGGUGUCAUAUUCUACCUUUUUCAUGUUGAUCUUAACGACGACACGCCCAAUCUCCCUUUAAAACCGUCGUUUGUAGACGAAAACAACAGAACGGGAACUAGUACACAUCUUGACAUAAUGCCUCAGGUACAUACAUUAUAUCUGCAGCUUGUACCAGGGCCACCGUUCGUAUUUGGUGCGUUACUUGUGAUCUGCGCGCUACUAGUAGCCGCAUUUAUUCCCGAAUCAAAUACUAUGUCAACAGGAUCGUUGCAUCACCCAUCCACUUCCCGGAGGCCCUCCGGUAAAUACGCAUAUCAGAAAUGUUUGUCCUUGGACGUUCAAUAUGAAGCAGACCGAGUAGGAAGUGGAAGAGGAAAGAUCGGUCCGCUAUCACCACUAGUCGACAAUUGUAACUCCGCCGCGCUAUAAUGUCUAUUGAAAAAUGUAAGACAAACCAUAUAGUACACGACGAGAAUACUUUAGCCAAGCGGUAAAGUUUCACCCUUAAUCAGAGGUGAAGAGAUCGUUACUAUGAAAUACACCUGAUUCGAUCAGGCGACUGUAAUAGAGUUGUCUAUAUUGUAUUAUACUAUUUGUUUAAGACAGUAACUAAGCUUGAUUUUAGGACUUAUCGAUGGAACUUAAUGUUUAGGUUGUGACAAACAAUUUGUACAAGCAGUGCUUGUGCGAUAAUACCGUGGGUUGAUCUCAGAGUCGAGUAUAAUCAUACUACAAGCGUGUUGUGUUGC